UCUGACCAGUUCCUGGUGUUGCGCGUGGGGGACGCGGUGCGUGGUCUGUACAUCAGCGCACAUCUGUUGCAUUAGUUGGAGGGUAAGGCUGGCCGGCAGUGAGUCAUCAAACGUUGGGAUAAAGAUUGAGAAUCCUGCAUCUUGGUCAGCUGAUCUCAAACUAGAUGCCGUUUCAUCAGGAAAGGAAUUGUGGGGUGAAGAUCUGUUGACCGAGUUGUGCUCACGGAGGCGGAGUUCUGACCUUGAAAGAUUGAAGUAGAGGAAAAGCCAAAGCAUCGAGAGGAUAAAGUGGAAGCUGUCAUUUGGCUCCGAUUCAUUUCAAUCAGACAAUUUGGAAGACAUCAGUGGCUGUGUGGUGCAACUGGCUAACUUGGCAGAGAAAGCUCACACUGCCACUCCGCUAUAUUGUUAGCCUCAGCCAUGAAGUUGUACAGUAUUACAGUACUUUACAAGAACCCUCAUGCUGCACAGACACUGAAAGCAGCCCAAGAUUUGCAGAGCUUUGGGUUUUUCCAGAGAGGAAGUGUGCAGGAAUUUAUGACAUUUACUAGCAAGAUUCUGGUAGAAAGGUCCCACCAGUCAUCCAGACAGUCUGUGCGAGAGCAAGAGUACAUGUGCCACGUGUAUGUGAGGGGAGACAAUUUGGCAGGAGUAGUCAUUUCUGAUCAUGAAUAUCCACAGCGUGUUGCCCACACUCUGAUUACAAAGGUUUUGGAUGACUUCUCUGAGAAUGUAGCCCCACAAGCAUGGCCAACAGGCACCCCAGAAACAGUGGCAUUCACUGGCUUGGAAGCCAUGCUGGCCAGGUAUCAGAACCCAAAAGAAGCUGAUGCUAUGACCAAGAUUCAAAGUGAGCUUGAUGAAACCAAGAUAAUUCUUCACAACACCAUCCAGACUGUGCUGGAGAGAGGAGAGAAGCUUGAUGAUCUGGUUUCCAAAUCAGAAGACCUUAGCCUUCAGUCCAAGACAUUCUAUAAAACAGCAAGAAAAACUAACUCAUGUUGUAACUUUGGUUGAUCUGAAGCCACAACAUGGUAUAUGUGCAUGCAUUUUAAAUGUAUGUAUGGCCUGUGCUAAAUGUAUUUUAAGGUGCCGUAAUCAGUUAUUUUCAGUUUUUCCCCAUUCCCAGGAGGAAGCUAUCAAUGUGUUCAUGAACACAUCCAUUGUCUUUAGUUCAGCAUUAUGAUUUUGUUGUUGUAUUUCAGCUGCAAUAUAUCUGUCCUUAGUUUUUUUCAAAUUCCUUUCUGAGCAGUGCAAAAGUAAAAAUCACAUUUAGGCGUACUGUGAACAACCUGUUUGCAAUGCUGCUGUCAGUGUAAGCUUUUCCUGAAGUAAUUAGACUUCUGGCUGGCCAUCGCCAAACUGCUUUCACAUCGUACUCAUUGCACUGUUGAAAAUAUGUGUAUUGGUACCAAGCCACCAAAUAUUGUGUUGGGUCAAUGUCUAUAGUCAAGUAAUAAAAUGAGAAAUGUCA